AUGACCACCCUGCUGCUGACCACCCUUGUCCUCUGCUUUGUUGAGUCUGUCUUGCCAUGCCAAGGUAGGGAGGAUAUACAGAACUUCACGCUCCACCUGGCUGAGGGGCUGGAGCAGCACAGCCCCCAGUACAACCGGAACAGGUUAAAUCAGCUUGAGCAGGUGCUAGCCUGCAGAAAACCUGGCAAGGAGGGAUGGCACUUCAAGGCCAAACUGGUCGAGACCCAUGUGUUUAGUAUCACGGCAAACAGCUUCAAAGGUUUAAAUCUCACCAGCAGUACGCAGGCACAGAAAGAGGGGCGAAGCAUGCCGCGGUUCAAGCACGCCAUAAGAUUCCCAGAGGAGCUCAUGCGGGGCAUCCGGGCACAGGAGGAGCAGACGCUCGUCUGCAUUUACAUCCACAGUUCUUACAUCUUCCUGGAUAAGCAGAACAGCUCUGUACUGAACAACCACAUCCUGGGAGCCUUCCUGCAGAACAGGACCGUGACUGGGCUCAGGAGACCUGUGGAGAUCCAGUUCUGGCACAACAUGGUGCUGGAUGCCUCCAAUGCAACCUGUGUCUUCUGGGUGCCUGGAGCUGACGCUGGCAGUGCAGGCAGCUGGAGUAGUGAGGGCUGCGAGACCCAGCACAAAGAGGGCACCGUUGUCUGCCUCUGCAACCACCUCACCUACUUUGCCGUCUUGAUGAUCCAGGCACAAAACCUGAGCCAGCGUGAACUGGAGUCUCUCACCUACAUCAGCACUGUGGGCUGCUCCAUCUCAGCCACUGCCACCUUCUGCACCCUCCUGCUCUGCUGCUUCUUCAGGCGCUGGCCACAGGACAACACGACCAGGAUCCACAUGAAUCUCCUGGCUGCGCUGUUCCUGCUCAAUGGCAGCUUCCUGCUGAGCAAGCCGCUGGCCACCAGCACCAAGGGGCCCUGCCGAGCUGCUGCUGCCCUGCUCCAUGGAAGCCUCCUCUGCUCCCUGGCAUGGAUGGGUGCUGAGGCCUUCCACCUCUACCUCCUCCUCGUCAAGGUCUACAACAUCUACAUUCAGCAAUACCUCCUCAAGCUCUGCCUCUUUGCUUGGGGUCUGCCCACGCUGGUUGUGAUGGCUGUUCUGAUCUUCAGUGGAGAAACCUAUGGGUACCAUGUCAUCAGCACCACUGACGGCUACAAGAAUAUGAACAUGUGCUGGCUCACCAGCCAGCUGGCCCACAAGGUCACCCUCUGCUAUGCUGGCCUCAUCCUGCUCUUCAACAUGCUGAUGCUGGUGGCCGUGGUAGCAAUGCUGAGGAGGAUCCAGCGCCAGAAGGGGCAGGCGAGAAGGGACUGGGCAACGGUGCUGGGGCUCACCUGCCUGCUGGGAACCACCUGGGGGCUGGCCUUCUUCAGCUUUGGCGUCUUUCUCAUCCCCCAGCUCUACCUCUUCACUAUCCUCAACUCCCUGCAAGGUCUCUUCAUCUGCCUGUGGUACCUCACCACAUACCGCCGCAGCAAGUCCAGCUCUGACAGCAGCACCUCCAGAUAA